AUGACCCAAACAAAUUUUGGUACUGAUAAACUUAGUGGUGGACGUUCGGUUACCGAAGAAAAGCUUCUGGUUGCAGUGCGAGUCAGACCUCUACGAGCUGACGAAGGUUCACGGAUCGUUCAUGUUGUUAGUGAUAAGAUGCUGGUUUUGGAGGAGGAGACAGACAGUCGCCGCGAUGUUCUCAGACAGCGUCGCAUCAAUGAUAAACAUUAUGUCUACGAUAAAGUUUUUGGCGAAAGUAGCACGCAGGACGAAGUGUACGAUGCCGUAUGCGCUCCGUUGGUUGGUGAUACCCUUAAUGGAAUAGCUGGUGCAGUAUUUGCAUAUGGCGCUACCGGGGCUGGCAAAACGCAUACGAUGACGGGUUUGAUGUCGCGUGCCUUAAGCCAUUUAUUCAGCGCGAUAGCCAAGAGUGAGAACCCUGAUUCAUUCGAGGUAAAAAUGUCCUAUAUUGAAAUUUACAAUGAGAACAUUCGGGACUUGCUGAACCCCAGUGUGGGUCCUUUGGAGUUGCGGGAUGAAGGUGGUAGUGGAGCACCCGUGGUAGCCGGACUCAGUGAGAUUCGAGCUACGGAUGCUGCCCAUGUGGCUGAGCUUUUGGCGAGAGGAGAUCGAUCGCGGACCGCUGAACCGACCCAAGCGAAUCAACAUUCGUCUAGGGGUCAUGCUCUUCUCAGUGUGUCCAUAAACAAAUCGGUGUCAGCCGGUUUGCAGCGUGGCCGCCUUUUUCUCAUUGACCUCGCUGGUUCUGAGCGAGCCGGUUCCAAGGCCCGAAGACUGGAAGGAGCUCAUAUCAACCGUUCCCUUCUUGCCCUGGGAAAUUGCAUCAUGGCGCUUUCUGGUGGUGCAAGAUAUGUUAACUACCGGGAUUCGAAGCUAACCCGUCUUUUACGGGAAGUAUUGGGCGGGCGGUGUCGUACGGCGAUGAUAGCCCACAUUUCUCCCGCAGCAGAGCAUCGUGAUACAACGCGUUCGACAUUGCAUUACGCGCAACGUGCAUCUACUAUCACCAAUAAGGUUGAACGUGAAUUAGUUCAAACUCCAAUGCACUUGUCGCAGUAUCGCAGCGUGAUUAAUGAACUUCGCGAAGAAAUCGCGAGACUCAAAGUCAAAAUGAAGGAUGACCUUUCAAGUAAAACAAUAGAUGACAACCAACGAAUCGAAGACACCAAAGACAAAGAAGAGAACACAGAAAAUCUAAAAUCAUUGCGAGACGCAAUCGUUUCAACUUUCAAACAACAGAUGCGUUUGCGUAGACGGCUUAUGGAGCUCGAUAGUCAUCUUUUAGGUUUAGCAUUGGAUGCAGAAAGACAGCACGCGUCUAUUUCACAUUGGGAGGCUCGCUUUAAUAGGCUGUAUAAACCUAUUAGUUUAACUGGUUCUCGGCUAAGCACACAGCAAAGUUACAGAGGUGUGACGGGGAUGUCAAGCGGGAACAGCGAGCGGGCGGAAGCGGAAGUAGCGGUGGAACAAGCGUGGGCGGAACUAGCGGCCGUUGAAAGAGAGCAAGAAGCCGCAAGGUCCGAAAGGGAUCGAGUUGAGAGGCUUUUAGAACAAGUCAGGCUUCGCGGAGCCCAGUUGGAAAAGGAACUUCCAGCCCACAUAACAAGUGGCCCAGAGCGCGAAGUGCUAUCCCUAGUAUGCAGAGUUCAUGAGUUAGAAGCAGAUAAACUAGCGUUACAAGGCGAAAGAGCAGCGCGUGCGCAUGAAUUACGGAGACGCGACAUGGCUUUACAAAGAAGAGACGCCCAAAGACGACUCACUGAUGAGAUUAUUACCAGGCAACGAAGGAUACUCGAAGAGGCAGGCGUUGCAGUUCAGUCUGACUUGGGUCAACUCUACGAAUUAUAUCAACAAGAAAUUCAUGCAUCGACUUACACGGAGACCAGUGAUCUGUACACUCCAUAUCGUCUACCACCUAUUUCCUCAAGUAUGUCAGAGUUGACCUGGUCCGAAAGUUCAAGUGGGUCCGGUCGUGGGUCAAGUUCUGGGUCUGGAGGGACUUUGGGAUUGGGAUUAGAUCGUUUGCCCAGACUGGCCCCAACACCACGCCCGCGCACUAGAUACAGUCACGCAAGCGCCACAACACUUAAACGUUACUCAAGCGAUGACAGUAUAGUGAUGGCGCCUCCGCGGAACAACGAUAAUAGCAACCCUUGA